UCCACUCUCAAGGCUCGGGCUCUGGACUACUACUGUCACGUGAUCCCAAAUCCAUGAUGAGACUCAACUCGAGUUUCUGGGUUCUCAUCUUCUCAAUCACGCUUCUUUCAAUCCAAUUCAAGGCUUCGUUUGGAUCCGAAUCAACUAAGGAAGCUUACGUCACACUUUUGUAUGGAGAUGAGUUCUUAUUGGGUGUUAGGGUAUUGGGCAAAUCGAUCCGAGACACUGGAUCCAACAAGGACAUGGUCGUUUUGGUCUCUGAUGGUGUUUCAGACUACUCCAAGAAGCUACUCAAGGCUGAUGGAUGGAAGAUAGAGAAGAUUAGUUUAUUGGCAAAUCCAAACCAAGUUCAUCCCAAGAGAUUCUGGGGUGUUUAUACAAAGCUUAAGAUAUUUAACAUGACUGAUUACAAGAAAGUUGUGUAUCUCGAUGCUGAUACUAUUGUGGUAAAGAACAUCGAUGAUAUGUUUAAGUGCUCCAAGUUUUGUGCUAAUUUGAAGCACUCUGAGAGGCUGAACUCUGGGGUUAUGGUUGUUGAGCCCUCUGAAGCUUUGUUCAAUGAUAUGAUGAAGCAAGUGAAGACUUUGUCGUCUUAUACUGGUGGAGAUCAAGGGUUCUUGAAUUCCUAUUAUCCAGACUUUCCGAAUGCUCGUGUUUUUGAUCCUAGUUUGUCCCCUGAAGCUAUGAAAACAAGACCAGUUCCUAAAAUGGAAAGGCUAUCUACGUUAUACAAUGCAGAUGUUGGUCUUUAUAUGCUUGCUAACAAGUGGAUGGUCGAUGACAGCAAGCUUCACAUUAUUCACUACACUCUCGGCCCUCUUAAGCCUUGGGAUUGGUGGACGGCGUGGCUCGUGAAACCUGUUGAGGCGUGGCAUAGCAUUAGGGUAAGGCUUGAGGAGACUCUUCCUGGAACUGGAGGUGGAAAGACCCCAAAUGAUGAAUUCAUGGUCAAGUUCCUUUUCUUGUUACCACUUUGUGGGCUUUUGUUCUGCCUUUAUCGUUCCGUACAGGGGCGUGACUUCUUGGGUUCAAUGUGCAGGAGCUCAUUAUGCAUUCAAAUCAGACAUCUUUAUUACAAAGUUAGAUCUAAUGGAACAGUUGGUUAUAGCGGUGUAUCAACAUUGUCUACCAUGAACCCCAACUAUCAACUCCACACUGGCUCACACUCUAAGGUUCCUCAAUACUUGGGGGCAGUUUCAGUUGCAGUCUGUUUUGUGGCUGCUUUGACAUCCAUUGGCGUUUCCUUUAUGUUUGUGCCAAGGCAGAUCAUGCCAUGGACUGGCUUGAUUCUGAUAUAUGAGUGGACAUUCACAAUCUUCUUCCUUUUAUAUGGUAGCUUUCUACUUCUAGUGUAUCAAUAUGGCAAGAAUAUCGCAGUUCAAACAGGAUCUCUUUCAUCACAAACAGAGUCGUCAUUGGAUGAUUCGGGAAAAGGUCAUCAGCGGGGAGAUGCGUCUUUUGACUUUACUACAUGCUAUUAUGGAUUAGGGAUGGCAUUUCUGGCUGUUGCUGCCAUUUCUUUGCCCUACAUUUUAGGGGUCACCGCUUUAUUUUUGAGGUUGGGUCUGAUGAUAGCCGUAGCCAUGGUUCUAGUUUCGUUCAUGACCUAUGCUUCAGAGCACCUUGCAAUCAGAUGGUUCCUCAAAGGUCUAGAAAACCGUGACACAACGAGAACAAAGUCAAUCUGCUUCAUCUGCUGACACAUACACACAAAAGCGUGUCACAGUGUAACUCACAACACAACUAUCUCUUUAUUCUGUUACUGUUAGGAUAACUUCAAGUUUUGUUCUUUUUCGUGUUAUUAUCUCAUUGUAUUUUUCUAAAUGAUUUUGGUUCCUUCAUCACGUAGUUUGUAUCCCAUACAACAAGUUUUAAUUUUACAAGAAUCGAUUAAACUUUUUAGCAAA